CGCUUCUUUUGUUCACAACAAGCCUGGUAAGGGUGAACUUGGGCAACUUGCUAGAAAUGGUCGAAUUCGAGACACGUUCUGUGUAUAUUAGACACUGUUUGUUUUUUAAACAGACGCACAUGUCUACGUGUUAACCUGUUUUAUUCCACAUAGUUAGCUAGCUAUUUUAGCUAACGCUAAACAGCUAAUGCUAUCUAGCUAGCUAACAUCCCCGACCAUGAGCUCACUAAGUUACUCCCCCACCUUCUAAAGAGGAGGUCUGCUGGACGGAGAAAGAAGCUCCCGUGAAAGAGGAGAAGGAAGAGGAAGCUGUUACGUUGUUUUGUCGGGUAGGUGGCUUCCUAAGUUAGCAUUAGCAACUAACCUAAGGUUAAUUCUAUCUACCUAGUUAACGUCCCCGACCAUGAGUUCACUAAGCUACUCCACCACUUCUAAAGAAGUGGUCUGCUGGACGGAGAAAGAAGCUCUGGGGCUGAACAUCAUCGUAAAAGAAGAAGAAGAAGAGGAGGAUGUUAGAGUGAAAGGAGACGAAGGUGAAGAAGAGGAGGAUAUUAUAGUGAAAGGAGAGGAAGGUGAAGAAGAGGAGGAUAUUAGAGUGAAAGGAGAGGAAGAAGAGGAUGCAGUGUUCAGAGUGAAGGAGGAGGAAGUCACAGUGAAAGAAGAAGAAGAGGAGGAAGAAGAUUUCAAAAUAAUAGAGGAAGAGGAGGAGGCUAUUACAUUGAAAGAAGAAGAAGUUCUAGUGAAAGGAGAGGAAGAACCUUUUAGAGUGGAAGAGGAGGAUAUCUCAAUAAAAGAGGAAGAUGUCUUGGGAGAGGAGGAGGAGACUGAACAUCUGAUUGACACCAGAGAGAGACCAGAUUCUCACUCUGACAGCGGGAAGAGUCCUUCAGUGUCACCGGACACAGAGACGUCCAAACCAGCGAGACAACAUCACUGCUCCCAAUGUGGAAAGAGUUUUUGGUGGUUAGGGCACCUUAGACACCAUAAGAGAACACACACAGGGGAGAAGCCCUACCCAUGCUCCCAGUGUGGAAAGAGAUUUACCAUGUUAGGGAACCUGAAACAGCAUGAGAGGACACACACUGCAGAAAGGCCGUUUAAAUGUUCCAAGUGUGGAAAGAGUUUUACCUGGUUAAGGUACCUGAAUAAGCAUGAAGAAAUACAUACAGCAGGGAGGAAGACCUGCCAAUGCUCUCAGUGUGGAAAGAGAUUUACUACGUUAGGGUACCUGAAAACACACAAGAGAAUACACUCCGGAGAGAAGCCUUACCAAUGCUCCCAAUGUGGAAUGACUUAUAACCAGUUAGGGAACCUGAAAUCACAUGAGAGAAUACACACGGGAGAAAAGCCCUUCCAGUGCUCCCAGUGUGGAAAGAGAUUUACUGGUUCAAAGAACCUGAAAUUGCAUGUGAGAAUACAUCGAGAUAAACAUACUAAUACACAGGAGGGGAAGGAAGAGGAGGAGAAGACAUACCACUGCUCUCAUUGCGGAAAGACAUUUUCCCGGUCAGAGGACCUGAAAUCACAUGAGAGAAUAGAGAGACUGUGUUCCGACUUGAGUUUUUGACUUAGAAUGUGUUUUUUCUUCAAGCCACAUGAAAUCAUAUUGUACACUGAGUACACCAAACAUUAGUAUCACCUUCCUAAUAUUGAGUUGCACCCCCCCACACACAUUUUGCCCUCAGAACAGCCUCCAUUCAUCGGGGCAUGGAC